AUGCUCAACAGCUCGACGUCUCGGGUGAUCAUCCACCUGGACCUCGACUGCUUCUACGCGCAGGUGGAGCAGCGGCGUCUCCACAUACCGGAUGGCCAACCUGUUGCAGUGCAGCAGUGGGGGAGUCUGCUGGCCGUCAACUACGACGCGCGCAAAUUCGGCGUUGAGCGAGGGGACUUUAUCGACGACGCGAAAAAGAAAUGCCCACAGAUUCACCUGCCGCAUGUAGAUACGCUGGGUAAGAACUGCAAGCCAGGACAGCUUUUCGACCGCACGCAUCAAAAGGCCAUCCUGCGGAGGUAUCGCAUCGCAAGUCGCGAUAUCUUUGCUAUUCUUGGCUCCAUGGUGCCGAUCAUCGAGAAGGCAAGCAUCGAUGAGGCGUUCAUGGACGUCACCGAUAUGGCCAAGGAGAGAAUCGCACAGACGGUGUAUUUCUGUCAGGACCCUGCCAAUCACGACACGAAACGACUAUUGUGCAUUGGUGCUGUGAUCUCUCGAGAAAUCCGCCAGGCAAUCUACAAUAAGCUUGGCUACACUUGCUCAACAGGUAUUGCAGGUAACAAGCUCCUUGCCAAGCUGGCGUCUCCACUCAACAAGCCUAAUGGUCAAGUCGUGGUGGCGUCUCGGUUUGUCAUUGACCUCAUGAAAAGUUUGCCGAUGCGAAAGAUUCGAGGACUUGGCGGUAAACUUGGCAAGCAGCUUGAGACUGCCGGAGAGUCGUUCAAAAAGCUGUCAGCGCACACUUUCCUGCAGCGCUGCGGACUGAUAGAGUUGGCUAAACAUGUAGGACAAGAAACAGCUGCGUACGUUCACAGCAUUUGCCAGGGCAGCGACGACAAUGAACCGGUGGAAGAGAAGAAGGUUCAAGUGAAAAUUACUGGGGUGCGUCUGCUAUGCGAGGAGGUGGUCAUUCGUUGCGAGGACGAGCGUAUCGAGAACAAGCGCUUUCCGUCACAGCUGUCGAUCCAGUUCAUUCGUGCUAAGCCUGGAGAGAAACCGCGUUCGUACAAGUUAGGAAUCGGGCAGGACACGACGGUGGACGAGCUGUAUACUGCAGCAAUGAACGUGAUGAGACUACACGUGGGCAGCAUGUUCCCCAUGGCGACACUGAUCAUGAACGCCAAGAACUUCCACGAGCUUGACUCACAAGCUGUGGCCACCAUAUCGAGCUUCUUCACGCGAGAUGCUGGUCAAGCGGCGCCGGCAGAUCUGGCAGCCCAGCGCAUGGAGGAGGAAAUCAAGCAGUUCGCAACCAAACGGGACAGGGACAGAUCACCGACGCGGAAGAGCAGCAGACAGAAGAUAUUAACGUUCUUCGGGCCGCCAACCAGCAGCUUCAAUGGCAACGACACGGAGGCAAAUAUCACUCCCACCCAAGUAGAAGCUGGUCCUGCGUUCGAUCGCUUCUGCGAGGAGUGUAGGUGCGUCGUGUCGGAGCCUCGAGCCGAGCACGCCGACUUCCACUUCGCGCUGAAAAUCAGUCAGACGCAGCGCAACGAGGUGAUGGCGAGUGCGGCAGUAGCGAGGCAGAAGAAGAAGAAGAAGAAGGGGCCGUUAGAUGCAUUCCUUGGGAGGUAG